AAGGUCCGGUGAUCGUGGAGGAUGAAGACGAGUGCCUGCAUCGCAGAUCUUUCUCUCCGAGCGUGCAGCCUCUCUUCUCCUGACGAGCCAUUGACUAUAUGAACCACUCCGAUUCCAUCGACGUUGAGACCAAUAUACCUGUGUGUUGAGGUCAAAGUGACUCCAACAACUGAAGGGCUGAAACGGGUUCGCUUGAAAGUACUUCGUCACGAGAUUUCGUUGAUUACUUCACUCAACAACACAUUGAUGGAACUCAGCUUUUAGUCAGUAUAUUCGGUACUGUCACAGCUCAUAUAACCGGCUGUGGCAGCCCAAAACCGGUGCAUUCAGAUUCAACGAAAGUAUUAACUCCAGGGAAAUGGAGAUGAGGCGAAACCGUGCACUUAUCAUCGCUGCGUUACUGGGGACUUACGCAUUGUUGAUUGCUCCCAGCGAAUGUCAUGGUGAUAAACAAGAGUUUGUCUUGGUGCAUGGUAGCGGUCAUGGUGGAUGGAGUUGGUACAAGGUGGCGGCAAUUUUGAGGCACAGCGGAUUUACAGUUACCCCUAUAGAUCUGCUAUCAGCAGGAAGAGAUCACACGAGCGUAGAGAGUGUGAAGACCGUUGCAGAAUACUCAAAACCACUUACAGACCAUCUACAGAAUGUUACUUCCAAGGUCAUACUUGUGGGACACAGUUUAGGAGGAACUUCAAUAUCGUAUGCCAUGGAGCAGCAUCCUGAGAAGAUAUCGAAGGCCAUCUUUGUUUCCGCUUUUAUGCCAAGUAACAAUCAAAGCGGAAUGGAAACAGUGGCACCGGAGAUCCUCGGAGGCCUCAUUACUAAAGGAGUUCUCAAAAUAAAUUCUGCGAACGGACCUGAGGCCCUACCAGUAUCUGUCUCCUUGAAUUCAACUUACGAGAUGUUUCGAAAAUACUUAUACAGUGAAUGUUCUGAUGAGGAUAUCAACCUGGGCAUGUCUUUAGUAGUUGACGCACCUUACGCGGCUUACUCAGAAAAACUUACCUUAACACCACAAGGUUAUGGAAGUGUCUCUCGAUACUACAUAUCUACCGGCCAGGAUAAAAUUAUUCCAAAUUCUGCUCAAAUUCUCAUGACGAAGGCAAAUCCGCCACUCGCAGUGUUUCAUCUGGACAACGGUGAUCACAUGUCUUCUUUCAGUUAUCCAGAAGAACUGACGAGCCUUUUGUAUUACAUCCAUCUGUUAUAAGAUCUGUUCUCAGUCUCAUCCUUGAUUCAGGAGGAGUGUAACCGUAGAAUGUAAAUGUCGUUCUUUUCAUUCCCGUUUUGAUUUGUUGUAUAACACGUUGUAGAAGCAUCCAAAUUCUUACAGAUGUAGGAGUAGACAUUAAGACGAGAAUUAUUCAGCUAAUUGUCUGUUAACUGAAUGUCUUGACUGUAAUUCUCUCUUCGCCAGCUCGCACUUCGCGCGAGCGCAGAAGUUGAAGAAGUUGCAGUGAAAGUUGAGGUUGUAAUUCGAGAGUCGGAAUGAAGAAUCUGGCAAUUAUGGAGAAAAUUACCAUCAUUUGUCACUUUAAACUCAUUUUUUCUCUGUUGAGA